AUGGAUCAUCCUACACCCUCAGCAGGGCCAGAGCAUGAAAUUUUCACAGAAUGGGCAAAAUCUCAAGGCAUUGAAAUCAACGGUGUGGCACCGACAAAGUUCCCUGGCCAAGGUGUUGGGCUCUCGGCUCAAAGAAAUAUUCAUGCUGGUGAAAUAAUUGUCAGAAUUCCAGUGCGGGCAAUGCUGACAAUUGAGAGCGUUCCGUCGGCAUUUCGUGAAAAAUUCCCUGACGAUAUUCCCCUUCAAGGGUUGCUGGCAGCAUAUCUCUGCUGCACAGAAGAAAGCAGGGAGAAAUAUGCUCUCUGGCGUGCUGUAUGGCCUUCACAGCAAGAUUUCGAGGAGUCUCUGCCCAUUCUCUGGCCACAACAUCUCAGAACUAGGGACUCGAAAGCAUCCAAUUCUACUCUGUCAUGUUCAUUCCUUCCUCCAUCCAUCUCAGGUUCAUGGAAUACGAUAACUAAAAAAUCCAUACGGUGUGAAUAUACGUUGGAGAAUCAAGACAUCCUACCGCAACAAGAGAAGCGCCUUGAAAUGGCGUAUCAGAUUGUUAAGCGAGUCUUCCAGGAUCUCGACAAGGAGCUCUUCACGUAUUACUGGUUGAUUGUGAAUACGAGGUCGUUCUAUCAUGUUCCCCCCGGUGUUCCAGUUCCCGAGGACCACAAUAAUGCCAUGGCCCUGUGCCCCUUUGGGGAUUAUUUUAACCACGUGGAUGACGGUGGGUGUAAAGUUACCUGUGAUGACUACCAGUAUAUCUUUAAAACAUGCAAGUCCUACGAAAAGGGAGAGGAAAUCUUCUCUUCAUACGGAAAUCACACAAGUGAUAUCCUUUUCACUGACUAUGGCUUCGUCCCCACAGAUAAUAAAUGGGACGCCUUGUUCUUAGACGAUAUAAUUCUUAAAGACCUCGCAUCCAAGGAUAUCAAUGAUCUCAACAGUGCUAGGUACCUGGGAAACUACCAAAUAACGACCACCGGUCCAUGCUUUCGAACUGAAGUCGCAGCAUGCAAGGGGUAUAUGGAUCACAAAGAUUGGAAUAACCUAAUCCUUGGAUAUCCACCAGCAAGCUUUGAUCAGAGGAAGACGAAUGCAAUUAUUGCAAGAUGGAUACGAGAAUACCUCAAUGAAGCGGAGGUGGUGAUCUCGAAGUUAAGAGAGUUGCAAGGAAGUAGGGACAAUCGUGGUGGUCGACGACUUGAAGUCCUCGUCACGAGGUGGAGGCAGAUAGAAGAGCUAUGCAAGAGGGCUCUGAGGGCUGUUGAUUAG